ACAGGAAUUCUGCAGAUGCUGGAAAUUCAAGCAACACACUUCAAAGUUGCUGGUGAACGCAGCAGGCCAGGCAGCAUCUCUAGGAAGAGCUACAGAGAAGGUGCAGAGCAGAUAAACGCUGAGGUGCAAGAUCAUAACGAGGGCGAGCCGGAGGGCGAAUUCCAAGCCCGGCUGCAGCAGGCCGUCCGCUACAAGGCCGAGGGCAACCAGCACUACAAGCAGAAGAGGGUUCGGGAGGCCAUCAGCAGGUACCACUGGGCCCUCAUGCACCUGAGAGGGCUGGAUCCCCAGGAGCCCUCCCCGGCGCAGGCCUUUGGGGCCGAGAAGGGCAAGCUCACGGCCGAGGAGACCGAGCUGCUGCACAGCGUCGAGUGUGACUGCUACAACAACCUGGCCGCCUGCCUCCUCCUGUCAGAGAAGGUGAACUACGAGCGCGUGAGGGAUUACUGCCUGAAGGUGCUGGAGCGUCAGGGGGACAACAGCAAGGCCCUGUACCGGGCAGGGGUGGCCCUCUACCACAUUGGCGACUACGAGCAAGCCCUGCGCCACCUCAACAAGGCCGCCAAGAUCUGCCCCAACGAUGCGAACGUGAAGCGGUUCAUCCAGCAGGCGGAGCAGCACCUGAGCCGGUAUCACCAGAAGGAGCGGUCGAUGUACAAGGGCAUGUUUGGCAAAUGACGGCGCGCCGGCGGUUCCUGAAGCUCCAGGGGUGCCCGGCGCACACCGGCGCGAGGCCUUUGGCCAGCUUGCGACCCACGGACAGUCCCACCACAGUACCGGCCUGAGGCGGAAGAUUCACGAGCGUCUGAAGGCCUCCCCACCGAACACCGUGCGUCCGCGCGACCGCGAAAUCUAGCUGCGAGGAUCUGUUCUGUAACAUAAGCUUCCAACUCCAACUGGAACUUUCCAAUGGCCAGAAUCGUGUGUGAUAUGUUUUUAUUCCUUUACGGAGUCAUCCUAUCCCCCUUCCCCAGUGAGCGACGUACACCCAGUGGGCACUUUAGCGAAGUACCUCCUGUACCUAACAGAGCAGCAGCUGAGUGUACGUUGGUGACCACCUGCAGUACCACAGGGACUGAAACACAAUCUGGUGGAUAAAGCGGUUUUUACAGUAA